UAUUAUGGCAACACUCAUAUAAAAUGUCACCACGUCUCAAAAUAUCGAGCUAUGUUGUUGAGAGGCUAUCUAAGAUUAACGCUGAUGAAACCAUAGGAUGUCUCUACGGGCUUAUGUACGAUGGCACUUUACUCGUCGUAGGAUUGAGCAUAGAAUCGUUUGAAUCUGAGAAAAACACAUACAAUCAACUGUUACUGAACCUUCCAGCUGAGAUAGAACUAUGUGGUGUUAUAAAAUUUGGAGAACCCUUGGCGAUGGAGUCGAAAUUAAGAGAAAUCCUCCAGGAUGUGGAUAUAACUGAUAACCCAUUGGUGAUCAUAAUAAAUGAGAAGAAAGAAAUGAAAGCACACUUUUUGGUCCAUGAUAAGUUUGAGGAAACCAAAUAUGAAGUUCUGGAAGCCAGUGACUUGUGGAAGCAAUUCCUUCAUGUGCGCCUGAAUACUAUUCUGCCUCUGAGUUGUGAAGCAACUAUAACAGGGGUGAAAAAUAUUCUGCAAGGUAAAAGGAAAAAGAUAGCAUCAGGCCAAGUGUCAUUCCAUAUUGAUAGUACAUCAGUUUAUUUAUUUGGAGAAGCUGCUGAUGUUGGCUUGACUGGCACUAGUGUGGAAGCUACAAUUGGUGAAUUAGUUGAUUCAAUGAAUCCUGAACAACCGUCUAAAAAGAAGAAACAACACUCUAAUAUUGUGGAAGUGGUACCUGUCAACCUAGUGAUGAAGGCGACAAAAGAUAUUUUGUCUGAGAAGCUUGUCAAGACUGCCGUUAAAAUGAUGACAACACAACGAAAACCUGCAUUUUGCAUUAGCAUGCCGCUGAGGGUAGAUACUCUGGCCAUGAUCCACCGCAGCACCAAGUUACUUGACCUGUACACAGUUUUAGUGGAAGCAUCAUGUAGGUCACUCAGAUUGUUAGAAAGUGUGCUAAUAGAACAGUUGGGACAAGAAGGUAUUGGUGACGGAGCAGGCUUACGUUUGCCAGAAACGUUUCAUUAUUUGCCUCAAGAAAUUGGUCAUUUUCUAACAAGAGUAGUGCCAAAAGGAAUUCCAGAUGAAAGUAUGGAAAAUGAAAGAGAAGCACUGCAUGAGCAGUUGGCAUUGCCCACAAACAGGCCCAUAUUCCGCAGAGGUAAUGCAUACUUCGACAAAAGUGGUGGGCGAUUAGUAAAUCCACAUGAAGCCAUCCCACCGACCGUCAAGCCUGAUGUUACCGUGGCUUUAGUUCGUGGCAGAUAUACUUAUCACCAUUACAUGCAAGACAACUUCAAUGAUGAUGGAUGGGGAUGUGCUUACCGCUCCAUGCAAACAAUUUUUUCUUGGUUUAGGUACCAAGGAUAUACUACAGUAGAAGUACCCACCCAUAAAGAAAUUCAACAGUGCCUCGUGAAAAUUGGAGAUAAACCUUCAUCAUUUAUUGGUUCCAAACAGUGGAUAGGAUCCACUGAAGUUAUGUUUUGCUUGGAAACAUUACUUGGUGUCACAUCAAGAAUUAUCUUUGCAAACACUGGAUCGGAACUUCAGAGUUAUGCCCCUGAGCUGGUACAUCAUUUUCAAACGCAUGGUAGCCCUAUCAUGAUUGGUGGAGGAGUCCUUGCGCAUACCAUCUUAGGCGUGGAAUAUAAUUCUCUGACAAACGAAACUCGCUAUCUCAUAUUAGAUCCACAUUAUACUGGUUCUGAAGAUCUGGCUGUAGUGGUAAGCAAAGGAUGGUGCGGUUGGAAGAAUUCAGAUUUUUGGAACAAAGUUGCUCAUUACAAUCUAUGUUUACCCCAAACUAAACCCGCUAUAUAAUUUUGUUGAAGACAUUGUGGGUUUUAUCUCCAAAAAAGAUAUAUCUUUUUUGUUAUUAAGUAUGCUUCAAGUAUGUAUUUCAAGGGAGAACAUAAAUGAGCUGUGAUACUGUUGGCGUUGUUAAAGUCAUCCAAUUCCAUUUCAUUGCAUUUUAAAAUUUGUAUUGGUUACAUGUAUUACAUAUCAUGAUCCCCAUCUUUUAUUUGGGCAGUAUAAAUAUGGAGUCUGAAUAAAAUAUGUCACACAUUUUAAAAAUAUUUGAGAGACUAAAGGGUGGUUGAAAGUUAGCUAUAUAAUUUAUAUCCCUUUAAUCAUAAAUAUUAAAACAUUUAUUACUAUUCUAGCUAAUUAAUGCUUAUUUAUUCUCAGUCAAAUCUCAAUUGAUUGUGAUGAGAAGAGAGAGAUAUUUACAUAAAACUGUAUGUAAUGUGGUAAGUCUGUUUUAUUUUUAUGAAUAAAGGGGCUAAACCUCAUAUUGUGUCAUCCAUUAAAAUCUAUGUUCUUAUUAAUUAUUUUUUUGUGGUUUGAAGGAUGAAUAAAUGAUGGAUAGGUAGCCUUAUAUAAAAGUAAAAAAUAUAAAUUAAACAUUUUAUCACAUUUCAACAUAAUUUAUUGUCAAGCACUGAUUUAUUACAUGUUUUGUGUCAUCAUGUCACAGUGUAUUUUAUUGUAUUAUUAAUUAAAGGCAGGACAGGUAUAAGUUAAAUGGAGUUGUUAUAUUUUGUACCGAUUAAAUUAUAAUAAUUGGAA